GAAUUUCCGGCGAAGCAAGCCCUAAUUUUCCUUCCAAGGGAGCGCUAUCUAGUCCCUACCUCCAACGAACGGCAGAAAUUAGGGUCAGGCUUUCGAUUUUGGGUCGGUGUCACCUCCAUUACGCUCUCCUCUCUUCAUAUGAGAAGCUUUCUUCUGCAGCCUUUCUCCAAAGAUUGCCGCUUUUUAGUCUCUUUGCCGAUUCCAAUCAUUACUCAGGAAAUUUGCUUUUUUGCGUGGACUAUUGGAGAUACUUGAGGAAAGAUUCGGUUUUGAUGAUGCUUGAUUGAAGAAUUUAGGGGUUUUCCUAUUAGUGCUGUGAAUUAGGGGCUUUAGAGUCACGAUGUCAGCUGCCAUGGUGGCUCGGAGCUCGCUGGAGGUAAUGCUUGACACCAUCAGGCAGAUGGAUGAGCAGCCAAAAGAUGCACCACCGGCAUUGCCUGUUCGUCCCACUUCAAGAGGCCGGCUGCCCUCAUCGAAAAGGUCACUGACCGUCAAUUUUAAGCUCGAAAGUGGUGCACCCAAAAUUUUGUUCAAGGACUCUGUAAAGAAGGAAGAGAACAUAAAGCACCAGCCUUUGAUGGAAGAUAAGGGGGUGCUGUUCAAAAGUGGGAUUUUUGGAAGCAAGUGGAUCGCAAAGGUGGAACAGCCAGAAGAGUCUCCAUAUGCUAAGAUGCCAGAGUUAGAGAGCUGCGAGGAAAGAGCGAAUCAAUCUAAUAGUUUAGACUCUUCUGCUGCACUCUCGCCUAUGGCAACUUCACUGGAAGAGAAGUUUGGGUGGGGGGACACCAUUGAUUGUGUCCUAAAGAAGAAAAUGAGGGUUUGGUGCUGCCUUCCAGAUACUAAGUGGGGGUUAGGGAAGAUUCAAUCAGUUUCUGGAGGCGAUGCUAAUGUUCUGCUGUCCGAUGGCAAAGUUCUGACAAUUUCUGUAGAAAAUCUCUUGCCGGCAAACCCAGACAUCCUUGAUGGUGUGGACGAUCUUAUACAACUCAGUUACUUAAAUGAGCCCUCAGUUCUUCAGAAUCUGCAGUACAGAUAUUCUCGUGAUUUAGUUUAUACCAAAGCUGGGCCUGUUUUGGUUGCAGUUAAUCCCUUUAAAAAGGUUUCUUUAUAUGGAAAUGAUUUUGUUUCUGCUUAUAGGCAGAAACUUAUGGACAGUCCACAUGUCUAUGCAAUAGCAGAUAGUGCCUACAGUGAAAUGAUGAGAGAUGGAGUAAAUCAAUCUAUCAUCAUAAGUGGUGAAAGUGGAGCUGGAAAAACUGAAACAGCAAAAAUUGCGAUGCAAUACCUUGCUGCUCUUGGGGGUGGCAGUGGGAUAGAGUAUGAGAUUCUGCAGACGAACACGAUUCUGGAAUCAUUUGGAAAUGCAAGAACUUCGAGAAAUAACAAUUCUAGCCGUUUUGGGAAACUGAUUGAAAUACAUUUUAGUUCUGCUGGAAAAAUUUGUGGUGCCAAGAUCCAAACUUUUCUACUUGAAAAGUCCAGGGUGGUUCAAAGAGCGACAGGGGAAAGAUCAUACCAUGUUUUCUAUCAACUUUGUGCGGGAGCUCCUCUCCAUCUUAAAGAGCAAUUGAAGCUAAAAGCAGCCAAUGAAUACAAAUAUUUAAAGCAAAGUGAUUGUGUGAGGAUUGAUGAUGUUGAUGAUGCUCAAAGAUUUCAAAUGUUGAUGCAAGCCUUGGAUACUGUCCAAAUCCCUAAGGAAGAUCAAGAGAAUGCAUUUGCUAUGCUCGCAGCGGUGUUAUGGCUGGGGAACAUUGACUUCUCAGUAAUUGAUAAUGAAAACCAUGUGGAAGUUGUUUUGUGUGAAGGUGUAGUUAAUGCAGCAAAUUUGUUGGGCUGCAAAGUUCCUGACUUGAUGCUAGCUUUAUCAACUCAUAAAAUUCGAGCUGGCAAUGAUGAUAUUGUUCAAAAGCUUACAUUAUCACAGGCCACUGACACCAGGGAUGCAUUGGCAAAAUCAAUUUAUGCUAGCUUGUUUGACUGGCUUGUAGAACAAAUUAACAAGUCACUCCAAAUGGGAAAAUGCCAUACUGGGAGAUCCAUAAGUAUUUUAGAUAUUUAUGGGUUUGAAUCCUUUCAUAAGAACAGUUUUGAACAAUUUUGCAUCAACUAUGCUAAUGAGAGACUACAGCAGCACUUCAAUCGACAUCUGUUCAAAAUUGAACAAGAGGAGUAUACAGAAGAUGGAAUUGACUGGACCAAUGUUCAAUUUAUCGAUAACACUGAUUGUCUAAAUCUAUUUGAGAAGAAACCCCUUGGUCUAUUGUCUUUGUUGGAUGAAGAGUCAACUUUCCCUAAAGCAACUGAUCUGACCUUUGGUAACAAGCUCAAGCAGCACCUGAGUGGUAGCCCCUGCUUUAAGGGGGAAAAUGGUGGUGCUUUCAGAAUUUGUCAUUAUGCUGGAGAGGUUUUGUAUGACACAAGUGGCUUCUUGGAGAAGAAUAGAGACCCAUUGCAUUCAGAUUCUAUCCAGCUGCUUUUAUCAUGCUCCUGUCAACUUCCUCAGCUAUUUGCCUCCAAUAUACGUCGUCAAUCUCAGAAGGAAUCCAGUUCUUUUCGACAACCAAGUAGGGUUGAUUCACAAAAGCAGAGUGUCGGGACAAAAUUUAAGGGUCAAUUGUUCAAGCUGAUGCAGUGGUUAGAGAAUACUACACCUCACUUUAUUAGAUGCAUUAAGCCAAACAGUAAGCAACUUCCUGGCAUGUAUCAACAUGGUCUUGUCUUAGAACAGCUAAGAUGCUGUGGGGUACUGGAAGUUGUCCGGAUAUCAAGGUCAGGCUAUCCAACUAGAAUGACACACCAGCAAUUCGCUGAAAGGUACGGCUUUCUUCUCUUAGAGAAUCUUGCAUCUCAGGAUUCACUCAGUGUUUCAGUUGCUGUUCUGCAUCAGUUUAAUGUCCCACCUGAGAUGUAUCAAGUUGGUUACACAAAAUUAUUUUUCCGCACCGGACAGGUUGCUGCAUUAGAAGAUGCUAGAAACCGCACUCUGCAAGCAAUUCUUUGGGUUCAGAAAAAAUUCCGUGGUCAUCAAGCCCGUCGUUAUUACCAAGCACUCAAGAAAGGAGUAACUACACUGCAAUCAUUUGUCCGAGGUGAAAAAGCCAGGUGUGAAUUUGAAGUUUCAAUGAAGAGAUGGAAGGCAGCUAUUCUCAUACAAAAACAUGUGAGGCGUCAGAUUGCAAGGACAAUGUUUGAUAACCAGCAGAAGGAUAUUAUACUUUUGCAGUGCGUUAUUCGUGGGUGGUUGGCAAGGAAUCGUUUUGUUCAUCUGAAAAAUCAGGAGAUAUCAGAGCUUGAUCAUGGGAAAGUUAACACAGAUGCAAAUGAGGAUCCUCCAGAAAUGAAGGAUACCAAUGAGGAGCACUCUCAGGUACACCCUUCAGUUUUGGCUGAACUACAGAGGCGGGCUCUGAAGGCAGAGGCAUUAUUGAGAGAAAAGGAAGAAGAAAAUGCCAUCUUAAAACAACAACUUCAACAAUAUGAGAUGAGAUGGUCAGAGUAUGAGGCAAAAAUGAAGUUUAUGGAGGAGACAUGGCAGAAACAGCUGUCUUCUUUGCAGGUAAGUUUAGCUGCAGCCAGGAAGAGUCUUGCUGAUGAUGAUAUGGCAAGUCACCAAGGAAAGCUUGACGCAUCACCAGUUCAACACUCCUAUGACUCGGAAGAUGCCAUAUCUGCUGGAACCCGCACGCCUGAAGGCACUCCAGCUAAACGGUCCCAUGCUUGUGAUGCUGGAGUCGUGAGAAAUUCUAAUGGCACUUGGAGUGCAGUUAAACACCUUGACGCUUCUGAUGCUGGACUCAUAAGAUAUUCUAAUGGGACCCAGAGUGCAGUUAGCCACCUCGUAAAGGAGUUUGAGCAGCAGACACAGGUCUUUGAGGAUGAUGCAGUGUUCCUUGUUGAGGUGAAGUCAAGGCAAGAUUCCAGCAUAAACCCAGAUGAAGAGCUUCAAAAACUGAAGGCCCGGUUUGUGACUUGGAAGAAGGAUUAUAAGGUUCGGUUAAAAGAGACAAAAAUUGCACUUCAAAAGCUUGGCAAUCCUGAAGAGAGAACGCGCAAGAGAUGGUGGGGCAAUUGGAGCACAAAAUGACAGGAAAUAUUUUUCUUUAAUGAAUGUUUCCUGUAUGGCUUUUUCAAGCAUGGCAGGCAUUUCUUCAGUACUGAGACAUGAAAUCAGGGAUGAUAUUUUGAGCAGAAAGCUGAAGGGAUCCUCUAUAUCCCUUCCACCUCUGGAGAAAAUACAUUUUAUUUAUGCUCCCAGUAAUAUUGUCUACAUGCUUUGUUGCAUUCUUCUCUGUGCCUAUGGUGCAUAAGAGGCUUGUAUAUCUUCCAUUUUUUGUGGUUGUUUGGGGGAGUGGUUAAGAACCUAUGGCUUAAGAGAGAGAUGAUUAUGUGAGGGGAGAAAUUAAAAUGUAUAGUUUGUUGUAUUUAAUUAAUACCAAAGUGUACAAUUUAGACUUUUGUU